AUGGGUCCCCUCGUGGCUUUUGUCCAGGCACAGCGCGCAAGACGCUCUCCCACAGACGCAACGCUCAUAACGCUUGCUAGUCAGCACGACGAAGCACAAGCACCGAAGCGCCCAAGUAUCUGUGGCGUCCAGCGUUCGGCUGAAGCUGAGGAAAAGCCUGGCCAGGCCGAUCAUGCCUCGAUCUGUGCACUGCUGGACAGCAUCAUCGUUGGUGUGGAGCUCGUCUGGACGGAAUGGAGUCGAUCGUCGAUCGUGGCUGUAGAACAUGAAGAACCUGCAAGCGCGAGGUUGCCGGUGCAGUGCCGGAUGCGGGAAAGACUACCGCGAUAUCGCCUUGGAGGGUGGUUCGAUGGCUUCGUUGGCCUGGGCGGAGAAGGCGGCGUUGAGCUGGGCCAGAACGCCUUCUCCAGCGCCACAAAGGUUUCAACACUAUGUCAACAGCUACCUCUCGUGCGCAGAUGGUGCCUCAGCAGGGAUCUAUUACAGUAUGCACCAAAAAGAUUGAACCUGGGUCCUUUGGGGGAUCAAGUUUCCGAGUCGCGGUUGCUGCCUUCGGCUUAUCGAGGCCCUCGGUUUUACAAUUGUCAGGCUUUCCUGGUCACAUAG